AUGCGGGGAUAAAAACCCGGGAAAAACAGAGGUAAAGCCAAGCACCGAAAAGAGCGGGGAAUCGAGAGUUCAAGAGCGAGUCAAACGACUCGUCGUAUAUAAAUAGACCCCCAUUUUCCAUAUACUUAAAUCCCUCUUCCUCUCAUCGUUUCACUCUCAUCAUCUCAAAACAGAUAUGGAUACCUUCCUAUUCACUUCCGAAUCUGUUAACGAAGGCCACCCCGACAAGAUUUGUGACCAGAUUUCAGAUGCUAUCCUCGAUGCCUGCCUAGAACAAGACCCAGAAAGCAAAGUGGCUUGUGAGACUUGCACCAAGACUAACAUGGUUAUGGUCUUUGGUGAGAUCACGACCAAGGCCAAAGUUAACUAUGAGAAAAUUGUUCGGGAUACUUGCAGGGGUAUAGGGUUCACAUCACCAGAUGUUGGCCUUGAUGCUGACAACUGCAAAGUUCUAGUUAACAUUGAGCAACAGAGCCCUGAUAUUGCUCAAGGAGUUCAUGGUCACUUCACCAAGAAACCUGAGGAAAUUGGGGCUGGUGACCAAGGUCACAUGUUCGGUUAUGCCACAGAUGAAACCCCUGAGUUGAUGCCUCUAACCCAUGUGCUUGCAACUAAGCUUGGUGCCAAGCUCACUGAAGUUAGAAAGAACAAGACAUGUCCAUGGUUGAGGCCUGAUGGUAAGACCCAAGUGACUGUUGAGUAUCGCAAUGAGGGUGGAGCUAUGGUCCCUGUUCGUGUUCACACUGUUCUCAUUUCAACCCAACAUGAGGAGACUGUCACCAAUGAGCAGAUUGCAGCUGACUUGAAAGAGCAUGUCAUUAAGCCUGUUAUUCCAGCAAAGUAUCUCGAUGACAAUACCAUUUUUCACCUAAACCCAUCUGGUAGGUUUGUUAUCGGUGGACCUCAUGGGGAUGCAGGACUCACUGGCCGAAAGAUUAUCAUUGAUACCUAUGGUGGCUGGGGUGCUCAUGGUGGAGGUGCCUUCUCAGGAAAAGAUCCUACUAAGGUGGACCGCAGUGGUGCAUACAUUGUUAGGCAAGCAGCAAAGAGUGUGGUAGCCUCAGGGCUUGCACGUCGCUGUAUUGUGCAAGUAUCUUAUGCAAUUGGAGUGCCAGAACCAUUGUCGGUUUUUAUAGACACAUACAAGACAGGCAAGAUCCCAGACAAGGAUAUUUUGGAAUUCAUUAAGGAGAAUUUUGACUUCAGGCCAGGAAUGAUCUCUAUUAAUCUUGACUUGAAGAGAGGAGGGAACUUUAGAUACCAAAAGACCGCGGCUUAUGGUCAUUUUGGCCGUGAUGACCCGGAUUUCACUUGGGAGAUUGUUAAACCUCUUAAGCCAAAGGCCUAAGACGGUUUAGCUAGAUAAAUUUUCAGCAAACAGUUACUAUCAUAGCCAUGAUUCUGGUAUAUAGGGCAAGAAUAAAGAAACCUUCGAUGCAUACAUACAUUAGAUGCUGAAAAGGCUUAGCUCAUAGGAGGGAUUCAAGAUGUUUGCUUUCAAAUUAAGGUGUUAGCACAUUUUUACAUUCUUUACUCUUUAUUUCCUUUUUCAGGUGUUUCCGCAACCAUCCAUGCGGGUUGUCAGAGAUUUUAUCUUGUCUAUUAUUGAAUUCAAUUCUUUCAUUCAAAUAUCGUUGUGCGUAUGAAUUACUACCAUUUGCACCAUUAUGCUUUACCUACUGGGUGAUGGAUGAUAUUUAUUGUCCUGUAUUCCCAAAUUUUUGGUUUGGUGCAAUGACAGCUAUUGAU